UCACAAAAUCACAAGCUCCGCGCUCACAAGAAAACAGAAAUGGCGGACGGUGAUGAGCCCAUGACGGCCAGCCCGCCUCUCGACUUCCAGUCGCUUCUUUCUUCUCCGGCGAGGGACUUUCUCGUUCGCAACAAUGGUGAUCAGGUUAAGGUUGAAACCUUGGAGGGGAAGAAGCUUGGGCUGUAUUUUUCGGCGUCAUGGUGCGGUCCGUGUCAACGUUUCACCCCGGAUUUGGUGGAGACCUACAAUGCGCUUGCUCCGAAAGGCGAUUUCGAGGUGAUCUUCAUUUCGGCUGAUGAGGACGAGGAGACAUUCAAUGGGUACUUCUCCAAGAUGCCGUGGCUUGCUAUUCCGUUUUCGGAUUCUGAUGCACGCGAUAGUCUGGAUGAGCAGUUCCAGGUGAGAGGGAUACCGCAUCUUGUGUUUCUUGGUGAAGAAGGGAGAGUUAAGAAUGUCAUUGGGGUGGAGGUUGUUCGGGAGUAUGGAGCUGAUGGAUAUCCCUUUACCCCAGAAAGGGUAAAAGAAUUACAAGAACAAGAAGCAGAAGCUAAAAGGCAACAGUCUCUGAAAACAGUCCUGGUCUCCCGCCAACGCGACUAUGUAAUUGCUUCUGAUGGGAAGAAGGUGCCUGUAUCUGAACUUGAAGGGAAAAUGGUGGGUCUCUACUUUUCAUUGUCUACAUACAGCCCGUGCAUGGAAUUCACUCCAAAACUUGUGGAGGUUUAUGAGAAGCUAAAAGCAAAGGGAGAGAGCUUUGAGAUUGUGUUUAUAUCACUUGAUGAUGAAGAAGAAGCAUUUGAGCAAGACCUUAAGAACAUGCCUUGGUUUGCAUUGCCCCAGCAGGACACCAAAACUUGUGAGAAGUUGGCUCGGUAUUUUGAGCUCUCAACCUUACCCACUUUGGUUAUUCUUGGGGCAGAUGGUAAAACCAUCCAUGACAACGUUGUUGAAGCUAUUGAAGAGCAUGGACUUCUGGCUUACCCCUUCACACCUGAGAAGUUUGCAGAGCUUGCUGAGAUAGAGAAAGCGAGAGAAAAAUCACAAACUCUGGAGUCAGUUUUGGUUUCUGGGGAUCAAAACUUUGUCAUAGGAAAAGGAGGAAUCGAGAUUCCUGUGUCAGAUCUUGUGGGGAAGAACAUUCUCCUUUAUUUCUCAGCACAUUGGUGCCCUCCAUGCCGUGCCUUUCUACCAAGACUUAUGGAAGCAUACCACAAGAUCAAGGCAAAGGAUGAUGCAUUUGAAGUUAUUUUCAUCUCUAGUGACAGGGACCAAGCCUCUUUUGAUGACUUUUUCUCUGGAAUGCCUUGGCUUGCUCUUCCCUUUGGUGACUCUAGAAAGGCAUCCUUAAGUCGCCGAUUCAAGGUCCAAGGCAUCCCCAUGCUUGUAGCCCUUGGUCCUACUGGCCAAACAGUCACAAAAGAAGCUAGAGAUCACAUUAUGCUUCAUGGAGCUGAUGCUUAUCCCUUCACCGAGGAGCGACUUAAAGAGAUAGAAACAGAAUUUGAGGAGAUGGCAAAGGGGUGGCCUGAGAAGUUGAAGACUGCACUCCACGGGGAGCAUGAGCUUGUGCUCGCUCGACGAAACAAUUUCAUAUGUGAUGGGUGCAGCAAGAACGGAGGAGGGUGGUCAUUCUAUUGCGAGGAGUGUGACUUUGAUCUGCAUCCAAAAUGUGCUCUGGAGGAGGAAAAGGAAACCAAAACUGAUGCCAACCCGGAAGAAGGGCCCCGAGAAGGGUUGGUAUGCGAGGGGGAUGUUUGUAUAAGACAUUCUGGUUUCACCUUCAAAUUGAACUUGUGGAUGCAGCCUAACUCAAACUCAGACGUGACGUGCAACUCUCCACCAAAUCCAACAAAAAGUCGGAAACUUCAACGCAGAGAGAGACAGAGAGAGAAACAAAGCAUGGUUCACGGCGACGUUGACGGCGUCACUCACGACCUCCUUUCGCUACUCGGCUCCGGCGAUCGGGAUUUCCUCGUCCGUAACAACUGCGACCAGGUGAAGAUCAACACUUUGAGUGGUAAAAUCUUGGGUUUGUACUUUUCUGGCUCAUGGUGUGGUCCAUGUCGUCGUUUUACCCCAAACUUGGUGGAGGUCUACCAGGACCUUGCUUCCAAAGGGGACUUUGAAGUUGUGUUCAUCUCUUCUGAUAGAGAUGAGGAGUCAUUUCGUGGUUACUUCUCUGAAAUGCCGUGGCUUGCGGUUCCAUUUUCGGAUUUGGAGACCCGAAAAGGCCUUAAGGACUUGUUUAAAGUGAGGGGGAUUCCUCAUCUUGUAGUUAUUGAUGCCAAUGGGAAGGUUUCUACUAAUCAAGGGACUUCAGUUGUGCUGGAGUAUGGUGUGGAAGGGUAUCCUUUCACCGCGGAGAAGAUUAGUUUCUUGAAAGAGCAAGAGGCUGCAGCUAAGAAGAAUCAGUCCUUGAGUUCUCUCUUGGUUUCUAGCUCUCGAGAUUACUUGAUUUCGAGUGAUGGGAAUAAGGUGUCUGUGUCUGAGCUUGAAGGGAAGAUGGUUGGUCUGUAUUUCACACUGAAUAUUCGCAAGGCGUGCAAAGACUUUACGCAGACACUUGUGAAGUUCCAUAGGAGUCUCAAGGAGAAAGGAGAGAACUUUGAGAUAGUGUUGAUAUCUCUAGACUUUGAAGAAGAACACUACAAAGAAGGGGUUGCAGUUCCAUGGUUGGCACUGCCUUUUAAGGACAAGAACUGCGAAAAACUUGCACGUUACUUUGAGCUCAAGACAGUACCUACGCUAGUAAUAAUUGGCGAAGAUGGAAAGACUUUACAUCCCAAUGCGACUGAACUCAUUGAAGAGCAUGGGGUUGAAGCUUACCCUUUUUCAGUGGAGAAGAUUGCUGAGCUUGCUGAGAUUGAGAAGGCCAAACUCGAAGCACAGACUCUGGAGUCACUGUUGGUGACUGAAGAUACAGACUUUGUGAUAGAGACGAGCGGUGCCAAGGUACCGGUGUCUGAGCUUGUUGGCAAGCACAUUCUGCUCUUCUUCUCAGCUCAUUGGUGUCCCCCAUGCCGUUCAUUCCUGCCUAAGCUUAUAACAACAUAUCAUGAAAUUAAGGCAAAGGACAAUGCAUUUGAAAUCAUCUUCAUCUCAAGGGAUCGUGAUCAAUCCUCCUUUGAUGACUUCUUUUCGAGCAUGCCUUGGUUAGCCCUCCCAUUUGAUGAUCCAAGGAAGGCAUUCCUGCAGCGCAAAUUCAAAAUCCAGGGCAUUCCUGCAGUGGUGGCUAUUAAUCCCGCUGGCAAGACAAUCACCACGACAGCCCGGAAGCUUAUAGCAGCUCAUGGAUCUGAUGCAUUUCCAUUCACUGCAGAGCAUUUGAAGCAUUUGGAAGAAAAGAUAGAGGAAGAAGCAAAAGGGUGGCCUGAGAAAGUGAAGAGUGAACUCCAUGUGGAACAUGAACUGGCACUCACUCGCCGCGAUUAUGCAUGUGAUGGGUGCAAUGAAUCCGGAAGUGGUUGGUCCUUUUACUGUAAGGAAUGUGACUUUGAUCUUCACCCAAAAUGUGCUUUGAAGAACAAUAAGGCAACAAAGGAUGAUGCUGAGACUAAGGCAAAGGAUGGAUAUAUUUGUGAUGGUGAUGUGUGCCGUAAAGCUUGAGAAAGCUUCUGCAUUCCUGCUGUUCAGUGUUUACUCUAUGUGCUGAGGUGUAUCGUGUCAUAUCCCAAUUACGUAAUAAGUGGAAAGAAUGCUUAAGUUUAUGGAAUGUAUAAUAUUGUGAUCUUUAGAGAAUGGACUAUUGUGUUA